GAGCCGGAGCCAGCUCGCGGCGGAAGCAGGCGAGCACCCUGCGCUCUAGGGAGCGCUCAGGAGAUGGCUGGCACCUGGGAACACUCUGGGUGACAUCCCAGCCUCUGUGGUUCUUAAUGCCUCAGCAGGAUUAUUUUCACUAAAGAUGGAAACACUGGAGUCUGAAUUGACAUGCCCAAUCUGCCUAGAGUUGUUUGAAGACCCCCUUCUGCUCCCUUGUGCUCAUAGCCUUUGCUUCAGCUGUGCCCAUCGCAUCUUGGUCUCCAGCUGCAGCUCUGGUGAAUCCAUUGAACCCAUUACUGCUUUCCAGUGUCCUACGUGCAGGUAUGUUAUCUCUCUGAACCACCGGGGCCUGGAUGGCCUCAAGAGGAAUGUGACUUUGCAGAACAUUAUUGACCGCUUCCAGAAGGCUUCAGUCAGUGGGCCCAAUUCUCCAAGUGAGAGCCGCCGGGAGAGGACUUAUAGGCCCAGCACCACCAUGUCUAGUGAGCGAAUUGCUUGCCAGUUCUGUGAACAGGACCCACCAAGAGAUGCAGUGAAAACAUGCAUCACGUGUGAGGUUUCCUACUGUGACCGUUGCCUGAGGGCCACACACCCCAACAAGAAGCCUUUCACCAGCCACCGCCUGGUGGAACCAGUGCCAGACACACAUCUUCGAGGGAUCACCUGCUUGGACCAUGAGAAUGAGAAAGUGAACAUGUAUUGUGUCUCUGAUGACCAAUUGAUCUGUGCCUUAUGCAAACUGGUGGGGCGCCACCGAGACCAUCAGGUUGCGUCCCUGAAUGAUCGAUUUGAGAAACUCAAGCAAACUCUAGAGAUGAACCUCACCAACCUAGUUAAGCGUAACAGCGAAUUAGAAAAUCAAAUGGCCAAGCUAAUACAAAUCUGCCAGCAAGUUGAGGUGAAUACUGCUAUGCAUGAGGCAAAGCUUAUGGAAGAAUGUGACGAGUUGGUAGAGAUCAUCCAGCAGAGGAAGCAAAUGAUUGCUGUCAAAAUCAAAGAGACAAAGGUUAUGAAACUGAGAAAGUUGGCACAGCAGGUUGCUAAUUGCCGCCAGUGUCUUGAACGGUCAACAGUCCUCAUCAACCAAGCUGAGCAUAUCCUGAAAGAAAAUGACCAAGCACGGUUUCUUCAGUCUGCAAAAAAUAUCGCUGAGAGGGUUGCUAUGGCAACUGCAUCUUCUCAAGUUUUGAUUCCUGACAUCAAUUUUAAUGAUGCCUUUGAAAACUUUGCUUUAGAUUUUUCCAGAGAAAAGAAAUUGCUGGAGGGGCUAGAUUAUUUAACAGCCCCAAACCCACCAUCUAUCCGAGAAGAACUCUGUACUGCCUCCCAUGACACCAUUACAGUCCACUGGAUCUCGGAUGAUGAGUUCAGCAUCAGCUCCUAUGAGCUUCAGUACACCAUAUUCACUGGCCAGGCUAACUUCAUCAGUAAGUCAUGGUGUAGUUGGGGCCUGUGGCCAGAGAUAAGGAAAUGUAAGGAAGCAGUAAGCUGCUCAAGAUUGGCCGGGGCGCCACGAGGUCUAUAUAAUUCAGUGGAUAGCUGGAUGAUUGUGCCCAACAUUAAGCAGAACCAUUACACAGUACAUGGACUCCAGAGUGGGACACGCUACAUCUUUAUUGUUAAAGCCAUAAACCAAGCAGGCAGCCGGAGCAGUGAACCUACCCGACUGAAAACAAACAGCCAACCCUUUAAACUGGAUCCCAAAAUGACUCACAAGAAGUUGAAGAUCUCUAAUGAUGGAUUGCAGAUGGAGAAGGAUGAAAGCUCUCUGAAGAAGAGCCAUACCCCAGAGAGAUUUAGUGGCACAGGGUGCUAUGGAGCUGCAGGGAAUAUAUUCAUUGACAGUGGCUGCCACUACUGGGAGGUGGUCAUGGGUUCCUCAACAUGGUAUGCAGUUGGCAUUGCCUACAAAUCAGCUCCCAAGAAUGAAUGGAUUGGCAAGAAUGCCUCAUCAUGGGUUUUCUCUCGAUGCAAUAGUAACUUUGUAGUGAGACAUAACAACAAGGAAAUGCUGGUGGAUGUGCCCCCACAGUUGAAGCGUCUGGGUGUCCUUCUGGAUUAUGACAACAACAUGCUGUCUUUCUAUGAUCCAGCUAACUCUCUCCAUCUUCAUACUUUUGAUGUGACCUUCAUUCUUCCAGUUUGUCCAACAUUCACAAUCUGGAACAAAUCCUUAAUGAUCCUGUCUGGCUUGCCUGCCCCAGAUUUUAUUGAUUACCCUGAGCGGCAGGAAUGCAACUGCAGGCCUCAAGAAUCCCCUUAUGUUUCUGGGAUGAAAGCUUGCCAUUAAGUUUCAAGAGAGCAUAUAAUUCACUGGCUCUUCACUUCAGCAGUUCUUCCCCUCCUAAACUUCAGUUAGUGUCCAAUAUACAAGAUACAAAAUAAAGUUCAUUUGAAGCAUCCAAAAUAACUAGAUAUAGAUUUAAUUUUUGUGCAUUAAAACUCAUAUUUGAAUUAAUGUUUUGAGUUUCUCAGAACAAAUUAUCUGAGUAGUCUGGGUUCAAGCUAUUGGAGAAGAAAUUUAGAGAAUGCCUCUCUUGUCAUUGGAGAAUUUCAACAUUCCCAGAAAUUUAGAAGUAUAAAUGAUAUUGAAAGGAAUUAAGGUAAUUCUAAGUAAUAAGGUAGAAUGAUGCUCUGAACAGGGGCUAGCGAGCUGGAAAGGGAGCAUGUCAGCUUUUCUAGUACUGGCUAAUUUGGCCCAGUAGAAUUUUGAAGUGUUAAAUGAUUGCAUAUUAUAUGUAGCCUAUAAUAAAAAUCUACAAUUAAGGAUUUUUUAUGAAGAAAACAUGUAUAUAUAUUUAUAAAAUGAAUAAAUGCUGUAUAUUUAUUCAUUUUAUAUAUUUUAUAUACAUAAUUGACUUUUUAAUUCGUUCAUUUGGGUGAAAAAUAUACUGGAAGGGGAAAUAAGUUAUACGAUUCAUUUCUGUCCCCUAUAGGAAACAUCAAAAUUAGUCAACAUUACUCCCCUCCCUCCAUUCAUCCCUUUUUUCUUUCCUACUGUCACACAUACACAUUCACAUGAAGUAAUGGCAUAGAUGGUAGGAAGAACUCUAGGUUGGAUUAGGAGAGAUUGAGGGACAAUACUGCACAGUGAUACUAUCACUAGAUAGCAAAUUGAUCCAGAUAGAAGUGUUACAUGUAGCACAGUUUCAUUGAUGCUAUCUAAUAGAGUAAGUUCACCUAAAUUGUUAAAAAUUGUGUCAAAGAAUAUUUCAAAGAAAUAGUUUUUUUAAUUCUCAAGUACAUACAGUCACUAAAAUUAUGCCAAAAAAAAAAAAAAUAGUGGAGGGUCUUUAAAAACCUGCUUUGUUUACUUACUCAGAAUGGAGUGUUAUAGAUACAACUAUUUGCUUGAAUUUUCUUAAUACCUGAGGGGGAAAAAAAAGAAUGCCCAAGAAGAGUUUGUUUUCUUAAACAGGUUAAAUAAUCAUUCCUUUUGCAGUCUUGUUUGUACUCUAUCUGCUUAGCCAACCCUUCAUUGCAAAUGCACUUAUAAACUUUAUGCCAGUCCUCAUCACUAUCCUUGAAGGGAAUCAAGCUUUAGUCUGUGCUUUUGUCAAUUCCACUGCAGGGAUGGGGGAUGUCAGACCCAGAGCUUUCUCCUUUUCAGGAGCUGAGCCUGCUUCAAGAAGUCUACUUUUUGGGAGUUGUAAAAACAUUGCUGUUGUACAAAAUGGUAGCUGUAACAAGCCCUGAGAUUGGAGCCUUGAAAGAAUGCCAAACAUUCUUCCCUGUUCUUUCUACCA